AUGGACUCACAGCACUACCACUCAGAGCACUACCACUAUCGCGUUUCAAGGCUGAAUGAGGAGCACACGACGCCUAUGGCCGGUGACAGCUUCAAAUUCAGCAUAAGAGUUUCAUCAUACUCAAUGGAUGCAGACAUGAUGAAUACAGGCACAGAACGGUUACUGUACUAUUCUCCAUCUCAAUGCAUUCCCUGCCAUCACUUCUUUCAAGAGGGUCAACACUUCUUGAGCACACUCUUGUCACGGAUACACUUCUCCAUUAAUGAUUCUCUUGAGGAAUUAGCACGAGGGGUCAUGUCAGCUGUUCAAGAUUUCUUCCAAGUUGAUCAAGUUGCUUCCCCUUCUCCUUCUUUCCAAUCUCAACACCGAGAGAUCCCUUUACGCUUGGAAAUCUUACAGUUGUAUGAUGGCAUUAGUGCAGCAAUGGAGGAGUCCAUGCAGUGUUUCAAAAUGAUUCCGGCUUCCAACGAAGCCAUCCAAACGUUGUUGAAGAAAUCCACGGUUGUGAUGGGGAGUGAGGGUUGUCCUAUAUGCCUUGAGGAGUUGGAUGUUAAUGCUGAAUGCUGCACAAUGCCAUGCCAUCAUGUCUUUCAUUUACAAUGCAUUGUCACUUGGCUUAAAACCAGCCAUGUGUGUCCCUUGUGUCGUUACCCUUUACCUACCCUCAAGAACUAG